AUGGAGAAUACUAAUGACACAUCUCAAGAUGUCAUCAAUUUCACACAGAAUGAAGUUCUGACUAAUAUGCCACAGAACUCCAUUGAAGUACAAGUUAUAACAAUUGUUCUCGCACUUCUAAUAUGCGGAGUUGGGAUAGCGGGUAAUAUAAUGGUGGUGUUGGUUGUGCUACGCACAAAGCACAUGAUGACCCCUACUAACUGGUAUCUUGUCAGUCUGGCUAUUGCGGACCUUAUCGUCCUUUUAGCGGCAGGUUUACCCAAUAUUUCUGAAGUAGUCGAUUCUUGGAUAUACGGUUACGCUGGGUGCCUUUGCAUCACAUACCUGCAAUACCUGGGUAUCAAUGUAUCAUCCUGCUCCAUCACAGCGUUCACCAUUGAGCGCUACAUUGCUAUCUGCCACUCCAUCAAGGCGCAAUUUAUUUGCACUGUGUCUCGGGCGAAGAGGAUAAUUGCCUUUGUGUGGAUUUUCACCUCGCUUUACUGCUUAAUGUGGUUAUUUUUAGUGGACACGAACGAAACUGUCUACGCCAAUGGGGUGGUGGUCAGCUGUGGCUAUCGUGUCUCAAGAAACCUCUACAUGCCAAUUUACUUUCUAGACUUUUCUUUGUUUUACGUCAUCCCUCUGAUUGUGGCUACUGUGCUGUACGGUCUCAUCGCAAGGAUUUUAUUCAUGAGCCCCUUGCCAACCAAUCUCAACGGCAGAAGUGAAGGUUCUAUACACCAGGGACGCUCCACCAGCACAGUCAAGGUGUUGGGCAAAUCAAACAAUGGUGCAGUGACGUCAAGAAAACAGGUAUGCUAUUCAGAUCAGGAGGAUAGUAAUAAAUGCUUCAUAAAGGCUUCUAAAUUGACAAUAGCGUAAAAAAUGUGUUCACAGUAAUAAUUUAGGCUACAGCAUUAAUGGUCCACUUGGACAGUUUAUCAAUGUAGUAUGGGAUUACAACAAUCCUAACUGGACUGGUCAUGUGGGCGGAGUACUUGGAUUGUAAUUCAAGAAAGGGAGGAUACAGCACUGCAGGCUCAUAGUAAUGGUUUCAAAGUCCAUGGAAUCAUGUAAUUGUCGCCUCUAUGUUUACCAUCAUUAGAAUGUUCUACACUACACCAGAAAAACACUGUUUUGUUUUUGCAGUUUGAAUUUCAGGCAUAAAGUGCCUUUCAUCAGACAAAAAACGAUCAACUAAAAAACAACCAGCAACAUUUGAGUCAAUUAUUGCACCCGUGCAUUAUUUUAUUUUUUGCCCUGUGCCCCAUAAUUUAGGUUACAAAGAUGCUUGCAGUGGUGGUGAUUAUGUUUUGCCCUGCUCUGGAUGCCAUACCGGACGCUGGUGGUGGUCAACUCUUUCAUGGACCCACCCUACCUAAACACAUGGUUCCUGCUCUUCUGCCGCAUAUGCAUCUACACCAACAGUGCCAUCAACCCUAUCAUCUACAACCUGAUGUCUCAGAAGUUCCGGGCAGCCUUCAAAAAGCUUUGCAAGUGCAACGGACAAGACCCAGAGAAGGUUACCAAGUACAAUGUCCCAGUGUAUUACAGUGUCAUAAAGGACUCUUCCCAUGAGAGCCCUGAGCAGACAGAGCAGGAGGAUGUCAGCAGCUAUGGGAACACUGGUGGUAAGAGGGCAACUUCACAGUUAAGUGUUGGGACACCGGCACUAUGUUCAGCAUUGCCUGAUAGACAGAAAAAAUAG